AUGAAAAGCAGAGGGGAGGUUCUUAAGAAUCUCAAAUCUCAGGUAGAACAUCUUUCACAACAGACUCCAAAGUCCACUGAUAGUUUCCCAAGUGAUACAGAGACAAAUCCAAGAGGGGAAAUAAAGAAGGUAAGGUGGGAAGAAUGCAAGUCAAUCAAUCUAAGCAGUAAAGAAUGUCUGAAGGAAGAAUGCUCCAGACACUCAGAGCAUGAUGAAGGAGAGUCAAGGAAGAAUGUAAAGGAGAUAGAAGAAAUGACUAGCCUUGAACAGAGGAAAGAACAAAAAGAGAAAGAAUCCCUAAAGCCUUUGGUGCCACAAGCACCAUUUCCACAUAGACUCAAGGGAAGUGAGAAAGAUAGGUCAUAUUCAAGAUUCCUACACAUGUUUGCAUCACUCAGUGUCAAGAUCCCCUUCAUCAAAAUUCUCCAACAGAUGCCAACAUACAUCAAGUGCAUAAAAGAACUGUUGACCAAGAAAGGAACCUUAAAAGGGGGACAAAUAGUAACAAUGAACAAGGAAUGUAGUUUCCUCAUCAAGAAAGACAUACUCAUGAAGAAAAAAGAUCCAGGGAGCUUUCAUAUUCCAUGUGCCAUAAGAGAGACAAAAAUUGACAGAGGAUUCUGCGACUUAGGGGCUAGCAUAAAUGUGAUGCCUCUAUCCCUUAUGAAGAAGUUACAAAUCAAUGAGCUGAGAUCCACGGAUGUAAUCAUCCAAUUGGCUAAUAAAACUCAUCCCACUGAUUUUGUUGUUUUGGACAUGGAGGAAAAUUACCUCCAUCUCAUUAUUCUGGGGAGACUAUUUCUAGCUACUGGUCUAGCUCUUAUUGAUGUAGAACAAGGAGAGUUGAUACUAAGAAUACAUGAUGAGCAGCUCACAUUCCAGGCCUUCAAGCUCGUGCAUGAAUCUGAGCAAGAGAGCAAGGAAUUAAAGGAAGAGUGA